UAACAUCCAUUAAUAAUAAGGAUUUCUACGAGACUUAUCUGAAAGUAAUGCAAAUAAAUCUCAAUUCUGUGGUCUAUUUAACGCAUAUAUGUGUCGAGCAUUUGGAGAAAACUAAAGGAAAUGUUAUCAACAUUUCAAGUGUCGGUGGAUUGAGAGCCGUCCAGGGUUUUACACCCUAUUCUAUGGCGAAGUGUGCGAUGGAUAUGUUCACCAAAUGUAUGGCCGCGGAGUUGGGGCCCAAACGUAUCCGCGUUAAUGUCAUCAACCCUGGUCCUAUUCGUACUGAAUUUAUGGAGGCAAUGGGAAUGCCUAAAGAAAUCGCUGAUAAGGCUACUAAAUUAUGUGAAAACCUAACUGUGCUAGGUCGGGUGGGUGAGUCUGAGGACGUGGGCGACUCCAUACUAUACCUG